AUGAUUAAUCAAACAAUCUUAAAAAUUCUAAAUGCGAACAAUAUUAAUCUUGCUGAUAGUGCAGUUUAAUUAGAGAAAGCAGGUUAAUGACUUUUAAAUAUUGUUUAGGUAUUCAAAACGUCUUUAAUUAUUUAUCUAAAUCAGACGUGACAAAAAUAGUGUUUCCAGAAUAAGUUAUAAAAUUACUUUGUGUAUUUCACUAUAUGAUUCAAAAAAAAAGCCUUAUUGUUUAAGUAUUUUAAGAAUGUAAUAUUUAUUGGAUUACAAAUGUCUUGAAUAAUAGUUUUAUAAUGGAAAGGUUAUCAACUGAAAUGAGUUCUUCAAGUACUUUUGCAAAAAGUAUUUAAUUUUCAUCUUUGAAAUCUUCUUAAUAAUAAUCAGAUAUAAAUCAUGCUCAUUUUUAAACAGAGUCAAAAUAGUAAAAAUUACAUACUAAGAGAAUGGAUUGUUUUUAAAGUUAUUCAGAGAAAUAAUAAACAGAGAGACACAUUAUAAGAGAACCUCUUUCAUAUUAAUAAAUGUUAUAAUUGUACUAUACAUAUUUGAAAAGAGUAUGUCAUUAUUCAUCAAGUGGAAUUCCAAUAAUUGAAUUAUAUGUAAUAUAAAACAUUUGUUCAAUGGGAUUAAGAAUAAUUGAGGGAUAGAAAUGCCCAAAAUUAGAUUUUUGUUUUGAGCUUAUAUUAAAAGAUCUUGAAUAAUUUUAAAGUCAUUAAAUAGAUUAUUUGAAAGAAUUACUUAUUGAAUUAAAUAAUAAAGAUAAUUAAUAGAGAUUUGAUUUAUUUGAGAUUUAUAAAUUGUUAUGUUUGAAUGGAAAAUAAAUAAAAUUUUUUGGAAUGCUGAAUAGACUAACUAUUAAUUAAUAAAAGCUAAAAACCUUUAAAAAGGAAUGUAAAGAAUUUGUGAUAGAAUGUAAAUAACAUUUAAGGAAGGUGAAACUUCUAUAAAGUUAAGAAAGAUUAAGUGUAUCAGAAUUUAAAACGAAUAAUAAUUACUUUGAAUAUGAAAGAAAAUAAUUGUAUAACCAUUAUUGA